AUGGAGACGGAAACGACGCAAAUGGCUCUCACAUAUCUGAAUACCUUCUGCGAUCUAAGGGAAGCUUGGUCUGAGCUUAAUUGCAUUCUCUACAAGAUCAUUGCCCUAAAAAACAAGGCCCACUUCCACCAACUUCCAACGGGCGAUUCCCUGAAUCACGGAACCUGCGACAGCGAGCUUCUCCCGCUGCAGCAACAACUUCAGGCCUCGCUCCAUCAGUGGCACACAACCUACACAACAUCCAAGCCCCAUCUCGACUCCGAAGAGCCUACGCUCGUCAUCAACGCCAUAAUAAUGAGUUUCUACACGCUUGCCGCAAUUCUGGAAGGCAUCUGGGAUUGUAAGAUUAUGAGUAGGAUCAUAAGAAAGGUGAUGGAGGUGGAAGACGGGGGUUUGUAUGAAGACGAAGGGGAAGAUUUUGCGUCAGAAACGCUGCCGGGAAUUGACGAGUUGAGCCCACCUGAGCUGCCGCUCGAAGAGAGACUGGGUGAGAUCAGGGUCGAACUGGACAAUGAGAUGACCGAGAGCGUCAUGGUGGAGUACAGAAAAGCGUGCCAUCCUGCGGGAUGGGAGCGCGUGUGCAUCUCUCUCACGGACCCCUCUCCGGAAGGCAUUGGAACACUCUAA